UGUUUUUCCCGUCCAUGUGUCUCUCGUCAUGCGUCUGCCGUUGCAGCAGCAGCUCCGCGUAACGUUUUGUGUGUUCGCCUCCAGUUGUCGCUGCACUUUGUUUUGACAGCUGCCUGCUUUCUUUUCUAGAACAUUUUGUUACUGAAGAAUGAGUGAAAACGAUGACAUCGAAGUCGACAGCGAUGCAGACAAGCGAGCCCAUCACAACGCGCUCGAGCGCAAACGGAGGGACCACAUCAAAGACAGCUUCCACAGCUUAAGAGACUCUGUGCCUUCAUUACAAGGGGAGAAGGCUUCUCGGGCUCAGAUUUUGGACAAAGCCACUGAAUACAUCCAGUUGAUGAGGAGGAAAAAUCACACCCACCAGCAGGACAUUGAUGAUUUAAAAAAGCAGAACACACUGCUGGAGCAACAGGUCCGUGCCCUGGAGAAAGCCAAAGGGAACUCUCAGCUCCAAACCAACUACUCUUCUGACAGCAGCUUGUACACAAACCGCAAAGGCAGCGCGGUGUCGGCCUUCGACGGCGGGUCUGACUCCACUUCUGAAUCGGAGCCGGACGAGCCCUCCAACAGGAAGAAGCUGCGUGUGGAGACAAAUUAGACUCCUGGCUGUCUAGACAGACUUUUUGUAUCCACCAGCUCUUUUUACCUGCCUGCCUUCUUACGCCAGUCAAGAAGAUGAGGUGGAAACUGUCUUAGAGGUGCUGUUACUGUGUCCAAAACGCUUCUACCUUGCUGUGUCCUUACGGCAAGCUUCCCAUCCUGUUUUUGUGUCCCCGAAAUGACUUUUAAUACACCCAAAGUGUGGCAGCUCAGCAGUUUUGAAGGACAUGUUGUUUGUAAGACCUCAUGAUCACACGUAGAAAUGGCACAGCAUGAAGCUUUAGUAAAGCUGCAAAAACGAUCUUUUCUUUUGGUUGUUUGGGACAAACUUUGUAAUCCACCGAAGCUGUACAACUAUACCAGCUUUGUUGAAAUUAUGAUCAGAGAUAGUUUUUAAUAUUCGUAUUUUUCCAGGAAAGAAUGUGAAUUUGUCGUCAGAAAAGGUGUCCAUCUUUUAAGAAGCAACCCUCUUUAUUCAGGUUAGGUGGCUGAAAUAAUGUCUUUGAAAAUGUUGUUUUAGUGAAUCCCUCUUUUAAUGCACUAAAAUGUAUUUCAUACCCUUAUAUUGUAUAUUAAUAUCUCUGGUCUCUGUAAUGAUUGGCUUCAGAGUAGAUCAACUUCCAGUUUUAGAGCAUCUGAGUAUUUAUUUUCCUCAUUUUUUAUCUCAGUAAAUAUAUAGAUAUAUAUGUGUGGUUUUAAAAAUUACCCCUCAAUUAAUAGUGAAUGUUACACAACACAGUUGAAGGGCAGUAACCUUUAUUUUUGUUAAUGGAAGUCCAUUUCAGUGUGUUGUUUGUAACACUAUAUUCCUUAAUGGUGUCAGUUCUGCACAGAAAAGCCUUCCCUUGACAUAUUUGCCUGUGCUGGGAAUGUUGAUCUUUAAAAAUCUGAAAAUAAUGUGUGUAUGUAAUCAAUAUUUGUUCCAUUCCAUGGAAAUUACAGGUAUGUUGUACAUACUGCCAAUGGUUGUCUUGCAAGUUAAGGCAUACCUUUAUUAUGAGACUAUAAAUAAAACUAUUUUAUCCUUUUUGGAUGUA